GGAGAGAGAUAGAGAGAGAAAUGAAAUUAAUAAUUAGAGAUAUAUGGUAAUAAUUGGAGAAAUAUAUAGGGUAAUAAUUGGAAACAAAAUUAAAAUUAAACAAGCAACCCAACACAGGAAGUAUCUCUCUUACUCACCAUAUUUACCCUUGUUGCAAUUUCACACAUUUUACCCAAACUCAUACCAAAUAAUUGAGUUUUUUACUCAACUUGUACGGGCACCAAAUCAAGGUAGAACCACCAGCUAACUUUCCAGACAACGUACGUAUUUAUAGUAUCUCUCUAACUCACCAUAUUUACACACCUAACCCCCACCCGCUAUUGAAGAACCUACCCCUCUCUCUCUCUCUCUCUCUCUCUCUCUCUCUCUCCACCAAUUUUUUUUGAAAUAUAUAUAGUUGGACAUUUGAAGGACUGCUACUGAAGUCUUAAACAACAAUUCAACAAAGCAGAAGAAAACCCCCAAGAGGACAAACGAAAUGACUCUCAGCAGCAUACCGUUGGCCGGGGAAGGUGGGAGGAGGAAUGCGACGGUGAAAGAGAGGAGGAACGCGACGGCGAUCUGCGCUCCGGUUAUGGCAGAGAGCGUGGAUCAGAUGCUGAUACAGAUGGGGAAGGCGAGAGAGCUGGGGGUUGACCUCGUUGAGGUUCGGAUUGACUGGUUGAAGAACUUCUCCGCAAGCCAACAUCUUGAUAUUCUCAUUAAACAGUCUCCUCUCCCCACGCUCAUUACAUGCAGACCGACAUGGGAAGGUGGUCGAUAUGAUGGGGACGAAUCAACGCGACAAGCUGCACUGCGUCGGGCCAUGGAAUUGGGUGCCGAUUAUAUUGACAUCGAACUUAAGGUAGCUGAUGAGUUCUUCAACUCAAUCCAAGGCAAGAAGCCUGGAAAGGUCAAAAUAAUUGUUUCUUCCCACAAUUAUCAAAACACUCCAUCUUCUGAGGAAAUUGGGAAUCUUGCUGCGAGAAUACAAAGUACUGGAGCUGACAUAGUGAAGAUUGCAACAACUGCCCUAGACAUCACUGAUUCAGCUCGGAUCUUUCAACUACUCGUGCAUUCUCAGGUCCCAACAAUUGGAAUUGCCAUGGGUGAGAGGGGUCUGAUGUCCCGCAUACUUUGUGCCAAAUUCGGUGGAUUUCUCACUUUUGGUGCACUUGAAGCAGGAGUCGUGUCCGCUCCUGGGCAGCCAACUAUAAGAGAAUUGUUGGACUUGUACAAUUUUAGACACAUAGGGCCUGAUACCAAAGUACAUGGGGUUAUUGGAAAUCCAAUAGGGCACAGCAAAAGUCCUCAUCUAUACAAUGCAGCAUUCGAAUCAGCUGGAUUUAAUGGAAUUUACCUGCCUUUGCUGGUUGAUAGUGUCGCGAACUUUCUCAACACCUAUUCAUCUCCCGAUUUUGUUGGCUACAGCUAUACAAUUCCACACAAGGAGGCUGGACUUAAAUGUUGUGACGAAAUCGAUCCAAUUGCUAAGGCAAUUGGUGCAGUUAGUUGCAUGAUCAGGAAACCGAGUGAUGGGAAGUUGAUUGGCUAUAACGUCGACUAUCUUGGAGCUAUUGGAGCUAUUGAGGAGGCACUAGGAGGCUCAAAUGGUUCAAGCAAUGGAGCUGUCUCACCUCUAGCCGGUAAACUCUUUGUCGUCAUUGGAGCUGGCGGGGCUGGAAAGGCACUUGCUUAUGGUGGAAAAGAGAAGGGUGCGAGAGUCGUAGUUGCCAAUCGCACAUAUGACAAAGCUCAAGAACUGGCCGGUAAAGUUGGGGGAAAAGCCAUUACUCUAUCUGAAUUAGACGGCUUUCAUCCUGAAGAUGGGAUGAUUCUUGCGAAUACUACGUCUGUUGGAAUGAAACCGAAAACUGAUGCAACUCCCAUUUCGAAGAACGCUUUGAGCCGCUACUCCCUUGUUUUCGAUGCCAUCUACACGCCGAAAUGGACCAGACUCUUGCAAGAAGCGCAAGAGACGGGAGCCAAGGUUGUUUUCGGAACAGAGAUGUUCAUAAAUCAAGCGUUUGUACAAUUUGAAAGGUUCACUGGUUUGCCUGCACCAAAACAGCUGAUCAGGGAUACUCUGGCGAAGAACACGUAAAAUGCGGUUUUUCGGUUAAAUAUUUGAUUUCGGCGGCCGGAUCAAUUACAACUAAUGUGCUUCGGUUGAUCAAAGUUGUUCUGGUUUGUUGAAGUUAUUUUGUUGGACAUCCAAUAUUCAUUCCCAGUUGAACUUGAAACUCAUAGGCUCGUUUGGUUAAACCAUAUCAUAAGCAAUUAGAAUUUCUUUUUCUCAUUA